GGGAUGGAGGCCGGUGGAGGGAUUGGCAGAGAGGGAUGGAGGCCAGUGGAGGGAUUGGCAGAGAGGGGAUGGAGGCCAGUGGAGGGAUUCGCAGAGAGGGGUGGAGGCCAAGGGGUGGAGGCCAGUGGAGGGAUUGGCAGAGAGGGGUGGAGGCCAAGGGGUGGAGGCCAGUGGAGGGAUUGGCAUAGAGGGGGAUGGAGGACACUGAGUGGAGGCCAGUGGAGGGAUUGGCAGAGAGGGGUGGAGGCCAAGGGGUGGAGGCCAGUGGAGGGAUUGGCAGAGAGGGGUGGAGGCCAAGGGGUGGAGGCCAGUGGA